AUGUUCAACUUCAAACUUCUUCUCGCUAUUUUCUUGUUUUUCAUGGUUGCCGAGUCUACUGGCAAGGUUGUUAAGUGGCACUCGGUUUCUUUCAACCAACCGUCAUGGAGAACUUCUCAACGCUCGAGACAGAUUCAAGGCUACGGCCCAAUGUCGGCAUUUGCUGAGAGCGGCUCUUCUCGUCCACUCUUUUUCGGUUCUUGGCGCAAACGUUUUGAUGAGGAAUAA